AUGAACGUGGCGACCGGUGGCAAACAAACGAAAAUACAGAACAAGUUGAGAACGUUGAGCCGUUGUUUGUUGCGACGAAAGACUUGCAAAUACUUUUUAGUGAUUGAUGUAAGUUUGAUUGUUUCCUUUCUUCUGCAAUUUUGCUUAUUUUAGUCAUCAUUUUUCUACAAUUGUGUUUACAUAUUUUAGUCAUCAUUUUUAUAUAUUUUGAGCCUCUAGCCAUCACGCUUAUUGAGCCCUGGUUAAAAAAUAUUUUUUUCAGAUCCUUUUGCUGACUAUUACGGCGAUCACAGCGUAUGCAGCGAUCGAGUACUACCUAGUUUAUAGUGUGAGAUAAUUUUUUCUUUUUUUGUAAUUUUACAUUUAUCUUUAUUUCAAUUAUUGUUUCAGACGGAAGUGGCUCAUAUGGAAGAAGAAGAUCUUCUUUUAUCAUAUCGCAUAGGUCUCAAGCAGAACAUCAGCCUCUACUGCCCGUAUGGCGGCUUUACCCAGGCCAAUACUGUAAGUUCGCAGUGUAUAAAUCCGGAUUGGGAACCGUAGGAGAACUGCGCGGAUUUCUGCGACGAAAGGGCAGUAAUGCAUCGGGAACGACGUCUUUUGGAUACCGGCGAUCUGCCACAAUUCGCCUAUAUCAAAGAAAUGUGCCCUCCAAUGGUUGAUCUUGUGGGUUACUAUGGGUAUUUAUCAAUCUGUCGGGAAAAUAAUAAGCACUUUGUCGCAUCAAAAAUCGAGAUCUCCGUCGAGAAAAUGAAUUUUGUCGCGGCGAAAUAAUAUUUUUGCUUUCCUCAGCGACACGAUCGACGCAGCGACAUUGUGCUUAUUAUUUUCCCGAUAUGCUGACAAGUAUAUAAUGCUGUUGGCUCCAGAUUCCUUGCUACAGUGGAAUCAAGUGCAUAGAUGCUGCCGAGGUACCGGCAUUAGAGUGCGGAUUCACCGCUGGCAGAACAGUCACCUCAAUCACAUUACUAAAUGAAACGUUGGCGGUAAGUCAAUUUUAACCCGCUAAAAAUAUACUUGAACCAAUUUUUCAGGUGUUCAAAGUCCCCAAUGUCUCAAGAAAAAUCUUUAUGGUAAAUGAGAUUAUGAUCCAAUGCCCAACGUGCAAAGCUUAUAUGCCUGCAGAGUAGGGAGUUUUAAUUAAUAUCUAUUACAUUUAUUAAUAUCAAAACUUCGAUUUUUUAGCGGAAGCCGCUGCCACAAAAAGAUUAGAGAAGAGCAUUCAGGAUUUCCAGCCUAUCGGAUUUGCCCAUCAAAGGAGAUGCUCAAUGUUUCGCGUUGUCCGGCAUUAUAG